UGCAAGGCUGAAGCCUCAGCUACCCGCGUUGGCUUUCCUCAGACAACACACUAGAUGCUACGAGAGGAAGAGACUCAUUCAGUCUUCCCGAGCGUGUUUUCCGAUCCGUGAUUCAACAAACCAUGGAGCCUUAGCGAGAAACAUGAACUCUUCGUCAGUUUCUGGAAAAGGUCAACGCUCCCCAUUCGAUGCACCGGCGCAUCCUGGACCACCAUCACACAGAGGGAGUUCCCCUACACAGACCGGGGAGGGGCGUAGCUAUGGAGAGGGCUGCAAGCCCAGCGAAUCGAUCCGUCGGACUGACGUCGAAAGGGGAAUGUGUUGCUUCGCCCCCCGCAAUCUCAGAAACAUCCUCGCCAAGCCAACGGCGCUCAAAGCGCCCCUUGCUGCCUCUUUUAACCCUGGAUACGUCCCGCUGAAAUGACCAAAGCCGCCUGCCCGACCCCCAGCUGCUCUCCCAACUCUUCCGCCCUGACUCCCAAAGCCGGGGCGGGCGGUCGCCUGACGUCAUCAGCCUGCGUCCUCCUGGGCUGGGCGUCCGAGCCCUCGCGGAAGCGGCGGGCAGACUUGCUUAGGCUUACUGGCAGCUAGUAUGGUGUGGGUCAGCCGCGCCCUCUUAGUCAGGCAGUAUGGCAGAUUUAUGGAUGACCUAAGGAUCUAUGUGAAAGGUGGAACUGGUGGAAUGGGCCAUGCUCGUUUAGGUGGGGUUGGAGGAAAAGGUGGUGAUGUCUGGUUGGUAGCAGAUGAAAAAAUGACCUUGAAGAAAAUGAAAGAUAAAUAUCCGAAGAAGAGGUUUGUGGCACAAGCAGGAACCAACAGUAGUAUUGCCGCUCUGAAAGGUAAUAAAGGAGAAGACUGUGAAGUAAAUGUGCCUCCAGGAAUAUCUGUUAUUACAGAUGAUGGGAAACAGCUUGGUGAACUUAACAAAGUAGGAGAAAGAUUGUUGGUAGCACAAGGAGGUAUUGGUGGAUGUCCAGUAACAAAUUUCUUCCCCACCAAAGGUCAAGUUCACACAAUACAUCUUGAUCUAAAACUUAUUGCAGAUGUUGGCUUAAUUGGAUUUCCAAAUGCAGGAAAGUCCUCUUUGUUAACUAAGAUCUCUUAUGCCAAACCUCAAAUUGCGGAUUAUGCUUUCACAACAUUAUCUCCCGAAAUUGGAACUGUGAUGUAUCCUGAUCACAAGCAGAUAACAGUUGCUGAUCUUCCAGGAUUGAUAGAAGGUGCCCAUGCAAAUAAAGGAAGAGGCCAUAAGUUUUUGAAGCAUGUGGAAAGGACUAAACAACUUCUCUUUGUUAUUGAUGUGUCUGGGUUCCAACUUUCUUCUCAAACGCCAUUCAGGACAGCAUUUGAAACUAUAAUGUUACUAGCAAAGGAGCUAGAACUGUAUAAAGAAGAACUUCGAACUAAAUCUGCAUUGCUUGCUGUGAAUAAAAUGGAUUUGCCUAAUGCUAAAGAAAAAUUGCACAAGUUAAUGGAACAACUGCAGAAACCUCAAAAUUAUUUACACUUGCUUCCACAAAAGAUGGUUCCUCAAGUCACUGUCACAUUCAAGGAGAUCAUUCCCCUAUCUGCAUGUACUGGUGAAGGAACUGAACAACUUAUUACAUGUUUAAGAAAAGUAAUAGAUCAAGAAGCUGAAGAAAAGAUUGAAAAUUAUCAGAGGGAGCAACUUCGUGCAUUGCAUCUCUCAGAAACAUAGCACUAUGUCCCAAUUAAGCCAGUAUAUCAGUUUUUAUAGGACUCUGCUUGGAACCGAAUUUGUGCAAAUUUGUGAUUUGUUCUCUUUUUAAGCAUAAAUGUGUGUAUUUUGUUCUUGUAAAAUAGUAAAAACAUAUCCAAUUUUAAA